CCUCCUGAACACCUUUCUCUCCGUGUUUGAGACUCUGGUUUGAGCAUGUGAACUCAUGCAGGACCAAUUCAACCGUCAACUACAUUUCCCACAAGCCUCCGCUCUUUCCUACACUCAUUCACUACGGUUCAUGUGGCUUUGCCAGGGGAGAGUGGAGUCCACAGAGUUUGGGAGAGCAGCGGAAGUGCUUCCCCACCGAGGACCACUGGGCAGGCGGCUGAAUUCCGGCGGGUGUCCGGCGGCAUCAUGUGGACGCGGGGGCUGAUGGUUGGGGUUCGGGGCUCGGGGCUCGGGUUGCGGGCCUCCGGGGACGUUUUGCUGCGGGUCAGCGGAGGGGGAUGCGCGGGGAGGAGAGUCCAGCAGCAGAGGCAGGCGUCCACCACAGAGGCCGCUCUGAGGAAGACUCCGCUCUUCGACUUCCACCGGGAGCAGGGCGGGAAGAUGGUGGAGUUUGCCGGCUGGAGCAUGCCCGUCCAGUACAGGGACAGCCACAUCGCCUCCCACAUGCACACCAGGGAGCACUGCUCCAUCUUCGACGUCAGCCACAUGCUGCAGACCAAAGUUCAUGGCAAAGACCGCGUGAAGUUCAUGGAGUCUCUGGUGGUUGCAGAUAUUGCUGAACUCAAGGAUAAUCAGGGUACGCUGUCCCUCUUCACCAACGACAAGGGGGGGAUCAUCGAUGACCUCAUCGUGACAAAGACGGACCAGGGCUACCUUUACAUCGUGUCCAAUGCGGGCUGUGCUGACAAGGACUCGGCUCACAUGAAGGCCAAACUGGCCGAGUUCAAAGCCGCCGGUUUCGAUGUGGACCUGGAGUUUCUCGAUGAAGCACUGAUUGCCGUCCAAGGUCCGACCAUGUCCCAGGUGCUCCAGGAGGGUCUGAAAGAGGACCUCAGCAAGCUGACCUUCAUGACCUCGGCCCUGGCCACUGUGUUCGGCGUUCCCGACUGCCGGGUCACCCGCUGCGGGUACACCGGGGAGGACGGCGUGGAGAUAUCCGUGCCUCAGUCCAGAGUGGUGGAGCUGACGCAGAAGCUGCUGACAAACAGCGAGGUGAGGCUGGCCGGCCUGGGAGCGAGGGACAGUCUUCGGCUGGAGGCCGGACUCUGCCUUUAUGGCAACGACAUAGACGAGAACACCACCCCUGUGGAGGCCACCCUUGUUUGGACGAUCGGAAAGCGCAGGCGUCAAACCAGAGGUUUCCCUGGCGCUGAUGUUAUCGUACCUCAGAUCAAAGCCAAGACUUCCAGGAAAAGAGUCGGCCUGGUGUCUACCGGCCCCCCGGUCAGACAGCACACGCCCAUCCUUGGCCCUGAUGGACAGGUCAUAGGUGAGGUGACCAGCGGCUGCCCCUCUCCCUGCCUGAAAAAGAACGUGGCCAUGGGGUACGUGGACGCAGCGUUCGCCAAGAACGGAACGGCCAUCCAGGUCGAAGUCAGGAAGAAAGCAGUGCCCGCAACCGUCAGCAAGAUGCCCUUUGUCCCCACCAACUAUUACACUGGAUAGGAGGCACACACAGGAACACUGGUACAAACAUGUUUGGGAGACUAAACGUAACAGCCACUGUACACAGUCAGUUUUCUGAAUGAGUGCAGGAAAAGUUUUUUGCAUUCGUAUGGUCUCACCUGUGGAUAAACGGGCUCCGGUGAGAUGAAUGAAGAGUGGUUUUAAAGCAGAAAUGUUGAUUCUGGGAUGGUACGUGUAACCAAAAGAUGAAGCAUCCUGGUUCACCAAGUUCUGAUCAGUUAUUUUCUCAUUCAGGAGUUCGCAAGUUAAUCUGAACAGACUUCCAGGUAGAUCAAGAAACGUGGGGGUUUGUUUAUAUCCAUUAGAAAUAAAUAUUUUGUUAACUUUUCAUUUAGAAUAGCGAUCAUUGACACAGUAUUAAUAUGCUGAUGCUUGACCAAAACUUAAAAUUCCAAAUGUCCAAUCGUCUUUAAGCUAUGUUUUUGUUUUCAAAUGUUAUCUUCAUGUGUCUGAACUAUUUUUACAUUUAAAUUGUAUCCCUAAAUAGAUUAAAAUGGUAUAACAGGGUCUACUGUAAUUAUUAAUGCAUAAUUUGCCCAUGGACUUAUUCUUGGUUCAGUUUUUGAGAUGGUCUUUUACUUCAUUUAAACAGUGCAUCAGAGUUUUGUAAAAUCCUUUUUUUUUGGUGCUACUAAUACAAUGUCAUAUCAAAACUAAGAUAUGGUCUUUAUUAUAUAUAUAUAUAU